UGUAACGUUAAUGUUGGUCGGUUCGGCGGCAGGCGGGAGAAGAUCAUAAUGUUGAGAUGACUUCAGCAUUGAAGCCCUGAGUGCGUUAUUGUAGCUGUCUGUGGUCAUAGACAGCCUGCCUAAUCCUCAAAAUGAGAAGAACAACAGAAAAUCAAGGAAACACUCGAACACUUUCAGAAUACUUUUCUCCGAGGAGUAAAGUGAAGGAUCUCGCACUCCAGCAGCGCUCCACACCGCAUUUCACACCUUUUCUCCACGAGACUCCAAUGAAGCCCUCUCAGGUCCCUAACCGGCUUCCUCACCCUCCACCCAGGAGAAUGUUGCCUCUUCAAAGCCCUGAGCUAUGCCACCGGGACAGACUGGGUCCACCACGGCACCCUUGUCCCAUGUAUCCACCAGGGUUUGGUCCAAGCAGCCCAACUAACAUUGGGUACUCAGCGAAUAGGCCCCAUCCCAUGCCCAGGGACAGACUGGGUCCUCUGCAGCACUCUGCUCAACCUCUGGGGUCUUUCUACCCACGAGUUGUACCAGUCAGCCCAACUAACAGUGGUAUUACAGCUAACAGACUGCAGCAGUUACCUUCCAGUGUCUUCCACCCUACUUCCCCUCCCUUUAUGAAAGAUUUAAGCAACCACUCCCCGUCAUCCCACAUCCGGAGAGAUCCAGUGACUGAAUCCAAGAUCACUUUGUCUCACUCAGGAAGUAAAAAUGGAACCGCACAAAGACAAGAAUCCAUCAAGGCUCAAUCCAGCGAUGUGAGGAGUUCCAUACAAACUGUCCAGCUCCACAGGCCCCCUACGGCCCCAUCACUCAACACCAGAGCAGCUCAAGAAGUUUGCCCCCUGCCCCUCUCAGACUCAGAGCACUGGAGUCCUGGUAACAGCCAGUGGUCCUCAGGGGGCUACCAGCCUUCUCUGAGUACCCAGUCUUCUGACAGGGGUAGUGGUUCCAGUUUACCCGUCAUGCAUAGCCCUGUAGCACCUUGCAAGGACCAACAACAUAAACAAACACCUUCAAGUGAAAAGUUAAUGCCAGCAGUGGGCUUGAGUUUCUCAUCUCAGAAGAGGUGCAGGGACUUUGAGGACUGUGACAAUGGUGCCAAGAAACCGUGUCCUCAGGGUGCGAACUCUGGCAACUCACUCAGCACUGCACUGGUGUCUCAGCCAUCCUCGAGGCAUUCUUCAGUCUUGGAACUGUCAUCCAAAACCACAGAUAGCCAUCUGUGCACAGAACCAGCGUCUGGCCUGUCAAAAUGCUUGGAACUAUCAUUCGAAUUUAAACCCACCCAGUCAUCCUGCACAUCACUGUCACCCAAACCUUGUAUAAAGAGAAGACCACCAAUGGGGGCAAAGCAAGCCUAUAUAAAUUGCACUCAAAAUCAUCCUGUGAAGUUAAUAGAGUUAAGGUCACCUACAAAGCCAUGUGAAGAAAGUUUGAAGAAAAGAAGUGAGGAAAACAAUAAAAGGGAUAAAUCAAGCUCUUUGUUCUCCACUGUGGGGCCCCAGAAGGACACUGGGAGCUCACCUCAUGCUCAUGUUCAGUUAGAUAACCACCACUUGGGUCAUUCUCACCAUAGUACCUCAGUCUUACCAGUCAAGCGCUUGAGCAGAGGUAAUCAGGUGGAGGAGAGCAGGAAGUCGGUCAGUAGCACUUGCAAAGCCGCCUCAAAACCAAAUUCUGGUUCUCUGAGUUGUCGCACAGUGGAACGGAACAAAACUGCCCGCCCACGAAGACCUGUUGCUAUCCCUAAUGAUAUAGGUGAGCUUUUCACCCCUGAUCCUUUGACGUAUGUAGUCAGCCCUUCAUCUAAGACUGCAAAGCCCAAGAUAGAUGAGGGAAUGGUCAAAUCCCCCACCUUAGAGAGAAGUUGUUCAUCCAGCAUUGUGAGCAGCUCUAGUACCCCAGUUACUGGAUCCCAGUGUUGCAAAACUCAAAAUGUCUCAGUCACCGAUUCGCCUCAUGCAGCAGAUACCAAAGCCUCUUCUUUGUCAUCAGCACGUCACC